AUGGUCAUCUUCUACUAUUACCUUGCUGCUGGCGUCUUUGUGAUUCUACUUGCCGUGCUUUACUCGUUCGGUAAGACCAACAAGUCUCGUGGGGAGUGGUUUACCGCUGUACUCAGACUUGUUGUGGGAAUCGGGCUCUGUAUGACCACUCCCGCCCUCGUCCUGAGAAGUGAUAAGUCGUCGACCAGAGGGUUUGUAUUCUCUGCUUGGACUGUCACGUUCGUCAUGCUAGUAUACUUUGUGCUUAUCAUCCUUGACAAUCUACUGGACUGGUACGCGGAUAAGAAGUCGAGCGAUCAAACGUCAAUAUAA